ACGGAACAUAUUAUAACGCUUUUUUGACCAAGUUACAGCAGUUGUUUAGCCGUUUACACAAUAUAAGCCAGUUUUAUCGGCCUUUAAACACAACUAAGCCCACACUUAAUGUGAAAAAUCUGUUUAUAACUAAUUUCUGAACUCUUUUGUAGAAUGAAUAAUAACCGAAUUGGCUAUCUUUUCAAAAAUCUAAAACCUUAUACUAUCAUACUGCGUAAAAUCUUUACUGGCAUCGAUUGGUAUAAGGUGUCACCAAAUGGUUCCACGCGCUAAUCACCUCAAAAGCAAUCUGGGAACGAGAUUAAUGAUGUGUUCGACCAUCAAUGAUGUGCUCGACCGUCGACGGUUUCGAAAUUUGGGGCGGCGCCACUGCCUGUCAUAUUCUGGAAUAUCAUGCAAAUAUUGAUAUUAUUAAACAGUAAGUUUGCGUAAGCUUUACUAAUGUAUUUUAAAUUUUCUAAAAAUUGUUGCGAACUACAGUUAUAAUAUGCAGAUAUUCUUAAAUGUUUGAACUAUACAUUUAACCUGCGCAUAAGCGCAUUACUUGCAUUCUCCUGCUAAAAUUAUAUUGAUUUUUUUCUUGACAGGUUCUGUUAUUAUAAAGAUCAAAGCGAUGCUUAUGUUGUUCGUCCGUUUCCGUCCAUGUUGAAAUGUGGCGUAAUAAUUCCAUUCGGCCUCGAUCUGAUGUCGUUUGAUACAAAGCACUUGCAAGGUUUUAGCAGAUCUUUGGAAAUACUAACAUACAUGAGGAAAGCUGUGAAAACAUUUGGGCUUCGUUGUGGUGAGUUACUAGUAUUUCUUUAAAAUUUUUAAAUUGCUUUUGUGCUAAAGCCUACUUUUCAUGCAUGUUUCACUGACAGUUCGAAUACAUCUUAGUGCUAAUGCAAGUGAUCUUUGAACAGUAAAAUCAUCAAUUUACUUUUUCUAAAGUGCAUUUGGUACAUUUUUAGUUAAUCAACAAUUCUCCAUGAAAGUUUUGUCAAUUAACGAUGAAUUGUGAAACAAGGAAUUAUUUUUUCUGCCAAACAAGAUACCAAUUUAUUAACUAUCAUGAGCAGUUACGGUCGACCAUACCCAUACACUCCAUCCGGAAAGUAUUCAUCCUUGGCUACACAACUUCGUUUUCGUGAUUGAAACCUUGAUUGCGUUCUCUGUAUGGUCAAUAUGUGCGGUGUUAUUGCUUGUUUCAGUAUGUGAAGUCAAUAUGUCAUUAAUAAGUUUGUCGUCAAGUUGCGAGAAAAACUGUUCCAGGAAACCACAACCACUGACAACAUUCUGACUAAAAAGUUCAUCAACAAAACUCGCCGUUUACUAAAAAGUCCGUGUAAAUUUAUUUUAAACUGGCGAACUACGUUUGUUUCCUGUCCUGGAAAGACAAGACACGGACAAAUAUAAAGCUCGAUCUUUACUGUAGUUUGCCAAUUUUUAUGUCUGGGUUGCCGAAGCACCUAUAUUGGUAAAACUGACGUCUAAGGGCCGAGACACACCGUACGCGGCUCGAUUUUCACUGACUAAUAACUUUGGUCCCGGUUUAAGUUUUCCAAAUAUUUAGAAGCGCUAUAACAUUCUGAGUUAUUUGGUCUACAUAUCUUUUAAAAUUUCCUUUCAUUGACCGUGUUGUAGAAUCGCGUCCGGUGACUGACUCAUUUAACCCUAUAGACACUAAUAUCUAAUAAAUUGCAAAAUAAUUGAUAGAUCAGACCAUUGGUCUCACCUGUUAUACAAUUAAAGAGUCUUUUGCCAUACGCGGACGAAUCCCAGAACUUAACCACGUGGUUAAAGAUUCCAAAGAAUCUUCUUUACUUUGUAUAUACCUGUAUCUGUAAUUUUACACUAAACCUGAUAACGACUACAAUUUAGUCGAAACGUCGAUUCAAAUUAAUCUAAAUGUUUUUCGGAGUUUUUGUUCAUUUGUAUUUUAUUAAAAUACUGAAUGAUGCUGGUAAUUAUAUAGUAACGUUACUAGCAAUCACGAAAAACGCGAAAACCAGGGUUAGGUGUGCAGCCAAGGCAGAAUACUUUUCGGAAGGGAACGGAAGGGUGGAUUCACCGUUAAUGAUUACUCGCACUCGAAUCUUAUGUCAUAAUACAUGUUCAUAAUUCUAUACGCAUCCACAUUUCCGUUUUGCUUACACAUAUCCAAAUAAUCCAAAAUGCGGUCGUCCUGAAUGCGCGGUAUGUUUUUCUGAGCCAGGUGAAGGCAAUGAGGAUUCCUUCUGUGUGGGUCCUGUGGAAAUGCAAGUGUGUGAAAUUAGUGAAAAUACCAAUACUUAAAAAUACAUGAUGGGACUCAAAAUAACUUUCUGAAAAAUAUUUUUGUGUUGUUAUGUUUAUAGGUAACGAAUGCAGUCCCAAUGAAGGCUGUAACGAACUAUCCAUGAUACUAAUACCUUGGGACGGCGAGGUACUACCGUCAGAAGCAACAGUCCUUGGAGACAUAUUUCACUUUCACCCAGAAAUACUUGAAUGUUGUAUUUCGGAUACUUGUGUUAGAACAGAAAAAUUGUAUUUUCAUGUCGGUUCCGAACACGAUGAAGAAAUUGACGAUGAACCGUGCUUGAAUGGAGUUUUCGGCACGACAGAUAGCAUUGAGAAGAACACAGACGAAGAACAAGAAUUCUUUACAUGGCUGCAAAAUAUAAUGGUUCCAAGCUGCACGUAUAUUGCUGGUGAAGGAAAGUUGAAUCCCGUUGUGGAGUUUUUUAUGACAACUCUUGCUCCUGGAUGGGUCGGUGGAAUUUUGACAGGCGAAUGUUGGACUUAGAUAUUUAUGAAUAAGGUGAAAUCUUGUUAUAGAAGACAUGAAUGUAUGCAGCCAUAAACAGCUAGUAUUUUGGGGGUAAUGUCUAAGUCGUCUAAUGAUAAAGUUCUGGUUAAGUAUUACAAGUACAAACCUUAUCUAUGAAGAAUAUUAUCUUGGCCUGUUUUUCUAGCUUAAUCGACAAGGCUUAUAGGAUUUCGACUCCAACUUGUGAGGAUCUCAGAAAGUUUUUCUUAGUAGUGAAUCGAAAAUUAUAUCACGGUGUCGCCAAGGCAAAUUUCGGAACCAUACCAAGGGUUACCGUCUUUAAAUAUUUUUGACAGUAUGAAAAUGUUUAAACUCUCCAACCUCGUACCCAGGGUCUUCCUCUUGUGGAGAAAAGACCCUGGUAGACGCUGGUCACGUGAUCUGCUAAAAUCUAGCAGAUUUCUAAUCAACUAUCUUGGAUUCUUUUACGAAAAUCCUACAAAAGUAAAUUAUAAAUUAAUCUAUAAAAAUGAUCCAAAUAUCAAAUAUUUAUUGACCUCUUCUUGGAUUGCUUAACAAUCUGCUAGAUUUUAGCAGAUCACGUGACCAGCGUCUACUAGGGUCUUUUCUCCCCUCGCCAAGAGGAAAGACCCUGGAUACGAGGUUGUAAACUCUCCUCCGCCCUCCGCAUAAUCUUACAUAAAGUAAAAAUAGACCAGUUGGGUUGAGACCCGAUUACCUAUAUAUACAUGAACUUACGGUUACAGCUCAACAGCUGGCCUCUGUAGCUCAGUUGGUUAGAAUCAGAAUCAUUUAGAAUCAGAAUCAGUUUUAUUUGCCCUUAUUUCUUUCUUACAAGAUUAUGUAUUACUAGUAUACUAUAUAUAUAUUUACAUUAAUAUUUCAUAAUAUGUAUUUACACAUGAAGAGUGCGUAUAGUGGUCAAAGGAGCAGAACCAUUAU